AGCACUAAUAUCAGUCGCAGCUCCGGAGCUCCGCAUUCGGGAGCUUUAACCUUUCAGUUCGUUUAUUAAUAAUAACAACGGACGCGUUUAACUUUUUAAUCUAAACGACUUUAUAAGGGGUUUUAUUUAUGUGUCCGUUUUGAAAGGAUUUGUCCCGAAAACGAUGCGAUGAGAAAUAAGGCGUUGUUGAGCGGGUCGGUGCGGCUGGACGCGGCGGACGGAGAGUGGAGCAGAGCGCGGGGUUUAACGCUCAGGACCGAGGAGUCAUGCGCACAUCACGGCCGCGUCAUGAAGGGACUCACGUUCUUUCUGCUUCUACCGGCGGCGCUCAAAAAGUCCAAGAAAACUGUAAAGGGCUCCGGCAGAGCGCCGACCUGCCUGACCGCCGGUACCGCGUCCCUCAGGAAGAUCAAGCCGGCUGAGGAAGUGCAGGAGGAGGUCACCAGGGAGACCGGCACCGCCGCACUGACUCUGACCGAGCAGCAGAGCCGUAACCCGGGGGAGCAGAGCAACAACACUGCGCUGAGCAGCGCCGAGGACACACACACACACCCGGGACACACACACACCAACCUCAGAGACAGGAACGCAGCGAUGUUCAAUAACGAACACAUGGCAGAUGUGCACUUCGUUGUCGGCUCACCCGGUGCAACACAGAAGGUUCCAGCACAUAAGUACGUCCUAGCUGUUGGGAGCUCUGUCUUCAGCGCCAUGUUCUAUGGCGACCUUGCCGAGGGAGACCACGAGAUCCAGAUUCCAGAUGUGGAACCGGCUGCUUUUUUAAUCCUGCUCAAGUACCUGUACAGCGAUGAGAUCGAGCUGGAGGCAGAGACGGUCGUGGGGACGCUCUACGCAGCCAAGAAGUACCUCGUGUCGGCACUGGUUAGCGCUUGCGUAAGCUUCCUGGAUUCGAGGCUGGAGGCGAGUAACGCUUUUGCACUGCUUUCUCACAGUCGUGCGCUAGACGAGUCAGAGUUGGCGCAGAGCUGUUGGCGGGUCAUCGACGCCCAGGCCGAGCUCGCGCUAAGAUCCGAAGGCUUCCUUCAGCUCGACACGGGGACACUAGAGAGCGUCCUGCGACGUGACUCCUUAAACGCUAAAGAAUCUGCCGUGUUGCAGGCGGCACUGACGUGGGCCGAGGCAGAGUGUCAGCGGCAUGGCAUGUGCCCCACAGCCGCGAACAAGCGAGCCGUACUUGGCGAGGCGCUUCACCUUUUACGUCUGCCUGCCAUGACACUAGCAGAGUUUGCUAACGGUGUGGCGCAAUUUGACUUCUUGACUCCGGAGGAGACUCGUGAUAUCUUCCUUUGGUUUACCGCAGCAGAGAAACCGACACUGGAUUUCCCCGUGUCUCCGAGGACGGGGCUUGAGCCGCAGCGAUGCAGACGGUUCCGUUCCUCUGCGUACCGGAGCAAUCAAUGGCGUUACCAAGGACGAUGUGACAGCAUCAGGUUCGCAGCCGAUCGGCGCGUUUUCAUGGCCGGGCUUGGACUUUACGGAUCCAGCGAACGGGAAAGUGAAUACGACGUCCAGAUCGAGUUAAAGAGGCAAGAAGAGAUGCUUGCACAGAGGUUGACCAAGUUUGUAUCGGAUGGUUCGAGCUCAGCGUUCGCCGUGUUUUUCGAGCAGCCGGUGCAGGUGGAACCGGACGUUUUUUACACGGUCAGUGCCGUUCUGGACGGAACCGAGCUUAGCUACUUCGGACAGGAUGGAAUGACGGAGGUCUGCUGCGGAAAAGUCACCUUCCAGUUCCAGAGCUCGUCAGACAGCACCAACGGGACAGGGGUGGAGGCGGGGCAGAUUCCAGAACUAGUCUUCUACACAUGAGGACCAGUCUUUUAUGAUUACAUAACUAGGACACUAUGAAAUAGGACACUAAGAGGGACAAGUGAUUAAGUUCUCUGGACUGUUGUCACUGGGAAAAAAAUGAGGGAGUGUAAAUUCCUCAAGUUCUCUUCUACACAUGAAGAUUUAGCCCAGUCCAUUUCAGAGGACAUCUUAAGGGUGACCUGUUAAAGAGAACGGCUAGUUCAAUAACUAGGACACCAAGUUGUCUGGGACAGAAGACAGAGAGUGGGACAGAUUCACAAAGUCAUCUUUUACACAUGAGGAUUUGGACUGGUCCAAAUUUCAAGAAUUAUAGGAGUCGUAGAAGGUUUAAUUAGAACUUCUCCCACUCAAAGAAAUGCUCUUCAAUCUUAUUUAUUAUCUUUUAUCUUUAAGCUUAUUAUUUUAUUAAAUAAAAAUAUUUUAAUUUAAACUUUUUUUUUAUUGCCAUCACGUGAAUUCUGCCUGUGAACAGUGACAUUGGAUUGUACUGCUCUGAAAAGCGUGGAUCUUUUUAAAGUUUUUUAUUUAUUUAUUGUUUAUUUUUUUAAUAACUUCAUG